ACCUUGGUCUGGGUAAUUCACUUUGGAGGAGCAGACCAAGAGACAGCAGAAUCAAAAUGAAGACUGUUUUUGUUCUAAUUUUGACCCUUCUUAUUAUUUUCACAGAUGCCUCACCAUUAUUACCAGAAAAAGAAGCUAAGCAGCUUUUGAGAACCCGUCGCGAAGACAGACCAAGAAAACCUGGUUUCCCUGAUGAACCAAUGCGGGAGUACAUGCUUUACCUUCAGCAGCUGGAACACAGAGCUGAAGAACAGUUCUUUGAGCAUUGGUUGAAUCCACACUGCUACCCACAUUGCGACAGGAACUUAGUUCACCCCGUGUAAAAGAUUAUGUUGUUUUCUUCAAUGGCAAUAAUUCUUCUUGAUAUGGAGAAAGAAAGAAAAUGAUCUACAAGAAAAUGGAAAAGAGCUGAUAUAACGUUUUCUGUGUAACCAAAGCAUCUGCCGUUUUGAGGAAUUUUGACACUGCUCUGCAACCCAACUCAACUUUUAAAAAAACAUAUUAGAGCUUUAUUUUCUAUUAAACAGCAUAGCCAUAUAUUUGAAAAAUUGCCUGGUUUUAGGCAUCAAUACUAUGCACGCCUACCUGAGAGGAAGCUUUACUGAAAACAUUAGGCAUGCUUCUGAGUAGCCAGAUUGUGCUUUACAUUACUCUGUGAAUCAUUAAACUACGCUAAUCUCAUUUGUAAAUCA